AUGUGUUAUGGUCUGGAACGUAUAUCAUAUCAAGGCGUUGGAAGACUAGUGUUCAUUGAAGAUACUAUGACUGAAGCUGCUUUUAAACAAAUUUUAUCUAAAAAUUUGAGACAUUCACUAAUGAAAUGGAUAUUGAAUCACAUAUUUUUAUGCGUGAUAAUGACCCAAGACACACGUCAAAUUUUAUUAAAAUAUGAUUAA